AUGCUAGAAUUCGACAUUUAAUGUUCAAAGGAUGGGAUUCCAGUUCUUCAUCAUGAUAAGGCAUUUGUUAGGACAUGUAAUCAUGGGAAGUUUACUAGAGACUUCAAUUUUAAGGAUUUUCCGCAACUUACAGAUUAAAUAAAUGUUGAAUUUGCUUUAAAUGAGGAAAAAAAUGAAAGAUUUAUUUAUAAGAAGUAGAAAACUGAUUCUUAAAAGAUAAAUUCACUAGAGCAAUUACUAGAGAAGCUUAAAGUUAUUGACACUAACAAUGAAGUCUGGUUGAAUAUGGAAUUCAAAGAUGCCGAUAGAAAGGUUAUUGAAGCAGUGCAUGAAUUAUUAGUAAAGCAUAAUAAGUUGGAGCGAACUAUUUGGGGCAUGAGUAGCAUUAAUUAAAAGCAGAAAGAUCAUUUAUUGUUAAUAUAAGAGAAUAGGAAUUAGAAUGGAUAGACAAAUAGAGCAAAGAGAUUUGCCUCUAGUCUAGAUGUUUUAAAACUUUAUGCUAUGUAUUUCACAGGAUUAUUGCCAUUUAUGAAAUUAGACUUCUAAUCUCUGCAGAUGCCUUGGCAGAAUGAAGCUUACAAAUUUAUGGAAUAAAAGUAAUAUGGAGCUGACUCUCUGUAAUAUAAAAUAUAAGAUUGGGUUAUUUGGAUAAUGUAUCAAACUGGAGGGCCUUUAUUCAGACAUUUGUAAAAGAGAGGCAUCCAUACUAUGGUUUGGGUCGCAAAUUAUGAAAGUGAUUUAAAAUUGAUUAAUGAGAUGGGCUGCAUUGAUGGCAUUAUUACUGAUAGGCCUUAAUACGUUAGUAAGCUUUUGACUUAAUGA